AUGGGCGGGAGCCAAUCCUCCCUUGGCGCCACCGACACAAACCGCGAUGUUGGCUCGGCACAGCAAGCUGGGCAGUUGAUGGACUUUGACGAAUCAUUCCUGCCCAAAGUACGUCCUCCACUGGGCCCAGCCGCGGAUUUCGGCCUGAGCUCCGGCCAGGUGAUCAAGAUAUUCGGCUGUAAUCCAGACAACUUCACCAGUAUCCCCAGCCGGCUCGUCGUCCCCGUCCUAAAAGGGCGUCGUGAGAGUGACGGGUCCUUCUGGACCCGUGGCUGGGUCUACAUUGUCGAGCCGCAGGAGUGGGUUCCCGUCGUUAGACACGGCGACUCCGUCACGGUGUCCGAGUUUGCAUCGCCUCGAUCCAAGAUGCGGAGCCUGGGCAUUGCCGAGUCCAAGUUCAACAGUAGCUGUAAAGCCAGCAUAUAUUUCCAGCACGGUGGCUCUUUUUACAGCACGAGAUCCGAUGUUCGGCAAACUGCCAAGCUCGCCUUCGAGUAUAGCGACACAUCCGCGACUGAGGCUCAACUUCGCAGAAAUGGAGUAGCCGACGACACUUUGGUUCAGGAGCUACUUCUCUACCCCAUUCUACGAUGCAAAGGCAUCAAGCGACAGCGCAUCGACUACAUCGUCAACAUGACGCGCAAGAGCCUAGAGUGGGCGGCGAAACCAUCCUAUACCGACGGCCUGGAACGUGUCCGCGUCAAGGCGUCACGUCUGGCGAGACGGAUUGCUAACCUGCAGCUCCACCCUGUACCGGUUUACGGGAGCGAGGGCGAGGAUGAGGCGCGUCUGCUGCCCGUUCCCAAGAUUGGGCAGGACGGCGACAUGCAGGUGAUGACAUUGCUCAGUCGCGCAGAUUGGCCGGACUGGUAUAUUUACGAAGCCCCGUUUGAGGAGUGGACGAAGACAAUCGACCUGGCAGCUCCUCAAAAUGACGUGGCGUGUAUCUACGGAUGGGGAACUUGA